AUGUCUAAUUCCGCUAACACUUCGAGAGUCAUUGGAAUCUACGGCCUGCCAGGCUCUGGCAAGACGACCAUCCUGAAGUACUUGAAAGACCAUCUCCCUGAAGACCAGUUCCUUUUCUUUGAAGGCUCCGAGGUUAUCGAUCAUCUCCAUCCCGCAAGACUCUCGGGCUUCAAAAAGGGCUCGUCAGAGACUCAAUACCACUGGCGCACGAAAGCUAUCGAGCACAUCCAGCAACAAUGCAUUGAAGCCAAAAGGACUGGUAUCGUUACCGGCCAUCUCAUGUUUUGGCCUGAAUCUCUACAAGCUGAGCCGGAGCCGAUCUGCACCAGCGCUGACAUGGAAAAUUACAACCAUAUCGUCUACCUCGACGUUGAUGCCGAGGAGAUUGAGCGACGCCGAAAGCAAGAUUUCAGCCGCAAUCGAGAUUCCGAUUCGCUUUCUCACCUUGAGAAGUGGAAAGAGACGGAGAAGAAGUUGCUUCGCAAGCUGUGUCGGAAACAUGGUAUCCAGUUCGUUCCUGUCUCCGGGGAGGCCAAGUAUUCCGAAGCUCUCAUCGAGGGCUUCCUUUUCCAAGGUGACGAAGAACGCAACUCUGGCUUGGCACUUGCACGCCUUGAUAGCAUACUCGACGCUUAUCCGGCCAAUCUGGAAAGCAUGUUCGUGGUCGACGGCGACAAAACUUUGGCAGCACAAGACACUGGCAAUUUGCUCUGGCAGCUGGAGUUCGGAGCAGAUGGUCCAAGUCAGAUGCGGAAGAUCUUCGAGAACACGGGACACACGGAGACAUCUUUCCGCCACCUCAUGAGUCGGCACUGCGAGAUUGGUGACAAUGCGGCUUUUGACAUGAAGUGUCGGCAAGUCGCCUCUCAAGUGACCAUUCAUCCCGAAUUCAUGUCACUGCUUGGCAAGCUUCGCGAUCAAGCCAAAUCUCAGCGAAGUCUCGGUGCGAUGGUCUUGACGUGUGGUCUCGAGCAGAUAUGGCAGAAAGUCUUGGAGAAUGCUGGACUCUCGGACGUUGUGAAGGUCAUUGGCGCUGGGCGAGACAUUCACAGCUUCGUCGUGACACCUGAGACCAAGCGAGCCAUAGUCUCGCAUCUGCAGAGCAAGUACCGUCUAAAAGUUUGGGCAUUUGGAGACAGUCCUAUCGACAUUUACAUGCUUUGCGAAGCAAACCAUGCGUUUGUGAUAGCAGGCGACGAAGCAUCCCGGAGUAAGUCCAUGGAAACGGAAUUGCAAGAGGUCAUUGGAGAUGGCAGUCUUCUUCGAGCACGACAGGUUCAACUGCCGGGAGACUCGCCGCUACGCCUGGAUGCCACUCAACUUCCUGUUCUCCAACUGACAGAAAUCGAAACGGUGAUCGACGCGCUUGACUUCGUCCACGCCACUGAUAUAGCUGCUACUAAACUCCUCAUGGGACCGAUGCGGGACGCGAGCGUGCAUGGAAACGCCCUACGAGAGGCGCACCGCCGCGUUGGAGCCUACCUCUCUACACACUUUGUCGGCGACGUGGUCGGCCUGGAGACGUACCCAAUCGCUCACGUCCAGCCAGGAAAAUCCAUCGAAGCCCACCGCCUUCUGGACGAGGAAAACACAGUCAUUGUGCCACUGAUGCGCGGCGGAGAACCCAUGGCCUUCGGCGUCUCAGACGCUUUCCCCCUCGCUGCAUUCGUCCACGCCAAAGAGCCAGACCAGCUCCAGUAUGAGCAUUUCAAAGACAGGAAGACGACCAUCCUCGUCGACGCAGUCGUCAACACCGGCAAAUCCAUAGCAGAAUUCAUCGAGCAUAUCCGCGCACUGCAUCCGACCAUUCGCAUCGUCGUCAUUGCCGGCGUCGUGCAGAAAGAAGCGGUUUUGGAGGGUAGCCUUUUGCAGAAGACCGCUGGUAGGCAUGGAAAGGUCACUCUGGUCGCUCUCCGUCUGUCCGAUGACAAGUACACUGGCAAGGGAACGACGGAUACAGGGAAUCGAUUGUUCAAUACUACCGACUUGGACUGA